AACUAACUAACCAUCACCAGACGGCUGUUCAAACAGGAGACAUGGGACUGUGGAGACACCGAGGUGGGGAAGAUCUUCCCAGCGGUUCACCACAACUCAAACCAAAGGAAGGAAGCCAUAUGCAGCUGAAGAUGUUGAAUGGAGCAUCUACUUUUUCACCUUUAUUUCUCAUUUCUGCUCAGUAAGGGACCGGAAGUGAAAUAACUUAAAUGACAACUGAAGUUAUCCGUGCAUUUUUGAUACCUAGGGCAAAGUGCCACACCUUCGCUUAGCCCAACAGCUCCACUACACAGCUGGCCAAAUGGGGUGCCAGUGCUGCAGGAUGAUAAAAAGCUACAUCUACGACCCCUCUGUGGCGGUGGAUGUGAGGAAGACUGACUCUGCAGGCAGCUCACUAUACCAGCACCACCACCUCUCAGGCGGGGCCCCCCGCAGCGACCUGCUCAGUGGCCACAACAAGCAGAAGCAAGGCAUCCACAACCUGGGUUACAGCAAAUCCAAUGACAGCACACUGAAACUAGAGGUGGACAACAACCACGUCAACUACAGGCUGCACGCCGUACCCUCUGCCAAGGAGCUGCACAGUCAGGGGAGCGCACCACCUCCAGAGGUGUACAUCAUCCAACCAGAAGCUCUGGCACCAAGAUGGGGGAUGCAGGAAAAAGGCCAGAGCCAGGUGCCCGUUUACCCCAACAUACAGGAGUACGAGAACCAGAAAAGUUACAGUGAGCGGGGACACCGUGUGACAAGGAACGGAUGGGACAGCUCCAUCACUGAGUGUGUGAUUGGCAGAGAAAGCCUGUCAGCGGACGAGAUAGAUGAGGGCGUGGGAGGGACGCCCGAGUACCCAUGUGACACGGGGGAUGAGGGUAGCAUCCUGUCAGUGGACAUCCAUACCAGCACCACCAGCCUGUCCUCAGCCGACACCAGGGACGAGCUCAGACUGCCAAAGACUCCGGACGUUUCCACCUUCGAGAGCGGGAUCUUAGUGAUGAAGAGCGAGGACGAGGAGGCGGUGGACAAAGAGGAGGAGGUGCAGAGCAUCACUGACUCGAUGGUGGCGGAGGCUCUUGCUGCUUUAGAGGCUGCCACCGCCGGGGAGGACUGUGAGUGACGGACCUCUGCGCUUUCUCUCGCUCAUCACCUUAAAACUUUGACCUGAAUGUGACUUGAUGGUGUGUUCAAAACCACCAUGAAACUUUGCCACGGUUCUGAAUAACACCUCUUUUGUUUGGAACAAAUUAAGGAAAACUCUGUUUACAAUUAAAAAAACUAAGUACAGAUAUAUUUUGAACUCAAAGCCUUUUUUUAUUUUGACAGAAGAUAAUGUCUGCCUUGUGAAGGAGGCGACUUUUCCAAUGCUGCAAGGUUUGCGUAAAGCCACAAAUGAAGAGACAUCAGUGUGUAGACUGUGAAUAUCACCUUCAGCCUUAUCUGUUAGCCCCUUUGAAUCUAGUUUAUUUAACACUCCACAGUCCUAAUAAGCCUGCACGUGCUCACUCAAUGCUUUGCCAUACUGCCCUUGUACAGGUGUUCGUAAAAUCCAACGUUGCUUUUAUCACAUUUUUGCCUCAAUUUGGAUCAAAGCUGUGCUAAUUGCUAGUAUAAAGUCAAUAUGUCCUUUGUGAACACACAGUCCUUGCCAUAGCUCACUGUCUCUUCAGGAAUCUCGCCUUCGUUUGAGAGGGCGAAAAACAAAAGGUCAUCGCAUACUUUUUUUAAAUGCUACCCAUGUUUUUGUCUCUAUUUUGUCUUCUCUUGUUAUUUAUAAUAUCUUCACUCGCAUCAAAGAAAUUGGACGUUGACGAAGUCUGGAGCAGAAGAGCGAGAGGGAGGAUAAGGAAGAGGUCCUCACUUAAAGCUUAUUGUGACAUCAUUGAUUUCAUCAGAAUAAAAACAGAAUGAAUAUUGUAUCUACUAUUAGAAACAUUUAUUUACACUGUUCUUACAUCAUCAGACACAUGUACAAUGACAAUUCUCACUUUUUUGUCAAUUAAUAAUGUAAUUUAAUGCACAAUAUUACUGUACCAUUUAUGUGGUGGCAUAUCAGAAGAUCUGUGCACAUUUGAAAUCUUGAGCAGGUUACCAAAGGAUAAAAAAGAAUAUAGCCACAUUUCACUGUACAUUUCACUGAUAGCCUUAGUUUCCGCAGUUUUUCAACCUUAGCUGAAUUAAACAAGACCAGCUAAGGUCAAUUCACCCUACUAGCUCUUUUAUUUUAUAGGUCAAGCUUCGUAUUUCUAGUCUGGCCUGUGACAUUAGUUUAAUCCGCAUCUCGUUUAUGUGCCUAAUAAGGAACUAAUUGAGGCUAGACGGUGCAGAGGAAAUUACAGAUAUGGCUUUUUAAAGAGUGUGUUAAUGCUUAAUAAGCUGUUUUGCUCAAUGAAGUUCUGAACUUGUUUCACUGCGACUCCCCCGUUUCAGUCAUCGUUUGCCUGCCAAAUCAUUUCUACUGAUUUUAUUUGUAUUGUAAAAUAAAGGUAUGUACUUUAAAAAAUGGAA